GAAUUCAAGCAUAUUUUUACACACUUCUCAACCUUUAAAACACAUUUCAAACCACUUGUUGUUAUAUGUAGUUGUCUAGUGUAGUGUUACAAGCCUUCACUUCUUUUAUUCCUAUUCCCUUCAUUCACUCCUAAAAAGUUUGUUUAGGAGUCGAAGAGGGAAACAAUGGAGAAAAAGAAACACCAUUUUCUCAUGCAACAUUGUUGUCUUUUCCUUUUCAUCUUCACCAUUUUUACUACUAACUCUCAAGCUUUUGAUUAUGGUGAUGCCCUUUCAAAGAGCCUCCUUUAUUUUGAAGCGCAACGUUCAGGGAGAUUACCUUACAAUCAACGCGUCGCUUGGCGCGAUCAUUCUGCUCUCAUUGAUGGUCUUGAACAAGGGGUGGAUUUGGUAGGAGGGUAUUAUGAUGCAGGUGAUCAUGUAAAAUUUGGUUUACCAAUGGCAUUUACUGUGACAAUGCUUUCAUGGGGUGCUAUAGAAUAUUUGCAAGAAAUUGAAGGUGCUGGUGAAUUACAACACACAAUGGAAGCAAUCAAAUGGGGCACUGAUUAUUUCAUCAAAGCUCACACUAGUCCAAAUGUUUUGUGGGCAGAAGUUGGUGAUGGUGACACUGAUCAUUAUUGUUGGCAAAGACCAGAGGACAUGACAACUUCAAGGAGAGCAUUCAAGAUAGAUGAAAACAAUCCUGGUUCAGAUCUUGCUGGAGAGACAGCAGCAGCUAUGACAGCUGCUUCUAUUGUAUUUAAGAAAACAAAUCCACAUUACUCUCACUUACUUCUACACCAUGCUCAACAGUUGUUUGAGUUUGGAGACAAGUAUAGAGGAAAAUAUGAUGUGAGUGUUGGAGUAGUGAAAAGUUACUAUGCGUCGGUGAGUGGAUACAUGGAUGAGUUGUUAUGGGCUGCCACGUGGCUUUAUAAGGCCACCGACAAAGAAGAGUAUUUAGAUUAUGUAAUUAAAAAUGCUAAUCUCUUUGGUGGCACUGGUUGGUCCAUAACAGAGUUCAGCUGGGAUGUCAAAUAUGCAGGUCUCCAACUCAUUGCUUCUCAGUUUUUAAACCAAGCAAAACACAAGAAACAUAGCGAUAUACUUGAACAAUAUAGGUCAAAAGCAGAGUACUAUAUAUGUUCAUGUCUCAACAAAAACAUCAAUGGAACCAAUGUGGAAAGAACUCCAGCUGGAUUACUAUAUGUCAGACAAUGGAACAACAUGCAACAUGUUUCAACAGCAUCAUUUUUACUCACAAUCUACUCUGACUAUCUCAAAAACACCAAUCAAAAACUCACAUGUCAUGGAGGCAUUUUGGAUCACAAAGAAAUUCUAAGUUUUGCAAAAUCACAAGUUGAUUACAUUUUGGGCUCUAACCCUAUGAACAUGAGCUACUUAGUGGGUUAUGGGCCUAGUUACCCUAAAAGGGUCCAUCAUAGAGGAGCAUCAAUUAUGUCAUAUAAGGAGAAUAAAGGGUUUAUUGGUUGUACUCAAGGGUAUGAUAAUUGGUAUAGUAAGGAAGAUCCUAACCCUAAUGUUUUGGUUGGAGCUUUGGUUGGUGGUCCUGAUUGGCAAGACAAUUUUGAAGAUAAAAGGAACAAUUUCAUGCAAACUGAGGCUUGCACAUACAAUACUGCCCCUUUAGUAGCUCUUUUUGCAAAGUUCUUGCAUAUUGAAGACAAUAAAAUGGUACAUGAUUGUAAUUCACUUUUGGUUGCUUCCUUUAAAUAAAUAAAUAUUAAGUAAAAGAAAAUUUAAUACUAGUAUUAUUGUAUGUUUCUUCUAGGCCGAAUUAACCUUUUUAUCAUUCUUGAUUAUGAGUGAUUUGUAGUUCAAUAGAGAUUUUACAAUCAAAUAUGGUCUUAUUAUGUCUCAAAAA